GCCUGACCGACGGCGGAAGGGGACAUCUGCGGGAGUGGAAAGAUGUAAACAGGGUCAUACCACUUAGAGAAGAGGAAGGCAUAGGCUCCCCGGGCUGGUAGACGGGCAGAGCUUGACCCUCCCACGUCUUCUCCAGAGCGCAGAAAGCGGCCAGACACCUGGCGUCUUUCUCCAGCUCUUACCCCCUCCCCCCCCCCCCCCCCCCCCCCCGCGCUCUGGCGCCGGUGGUUGCAUCCGGACGUCCCACCUCCUACGUGGGGGCAGGGCGGCACCAGAGACUGCGCACAUCGCUCAAUCUCGCGGCGCGCAGCAGCGCGGGCAUUCUGGCUGGCUGAUCUACACGUGCCUUGUCCCCACGCGUGCCAUGGCUCCUCGCGGGAGGAAGCGCAAGGCAGCCGAGGAGGGAGCCGGGAAGCCGGAGAAGCUGGCCCAGGGUGAUGGCGCGGGCUCGGGAGAGGCCCGCGUGGUCAUUGAGCACUGCCAGAGCUGACGCGUGUACGCGCGCCACGCCGAGGCCGUGGGCCAGGCGCUGCGACUGGCCCACCCGGAGCUGCCGGUGCUGUUGAACCCCACCAAGCCCCGGCGGAGCAGCUUCGAAGUGACUCUGCAGCGCCCCGACGGCAGCCGGGUGGAGCUCUGGACCGGGAUCAACAAGGGCCCUCCUCGGAAACUUAAGUUUCCUGAGCCCGGGCAGGUGGUGGAGGAGCUGAAGACCCAGCUGGCUUAGACGAGGCCCGAGCAGGGCUGACCACGACGGGGUUGUUCCCGGGGUAGGACGGGGCCAGGAAGACCGGCCCCCUCCCUUUCUCCCCCCUCCCUUUACUCUUGCACCCUGUGCCCUGGGGCAUUGGCAGCAUCCAUGACGGAACGUGACCAAAGCACCAGUCCCGUUCCUGAAGCUACAGCUCCUUCCUCAGGGGCAGCUGCAGGUGGCCCCCCUCCCCCCCUUCCUGUGCUGUACAGUGGCUAAUAAAAGUUGGGGUACCGCAUA